AUCUCUAGUCACUCUCACACGUCUUUCUAGAUUAAAAACGCUCGUUUGUAGCGGGUAGUUUCUGCCUGGUAGCUCCGCCAUAGCUGGACGACUUUUAAACUUCAAGGAAGUUUUUUUUUUUAAACGUGAAAGAGUCAAGGACGAGGCAGUUCAAGGACGAGGUUGCUCAAGGACGAGGCUGCUAAAGGACGAGAAAAAUUGGCACAUAAUGAAGCAAAACUGGGUAGACGCCCCUCAAAUUGGCAUAGUUGUGGAAGUGUUGUGUAGCUCUGCCAGAGUGUUAAUACUGGCCCCUAAGCAUUUGUGUUGUGAUUACUAGUAUGAGGUUAUGACCCUAGGAGUUACUACUGUGGCUUCUGGGCUGUGUGAGGCUGAGGCUGUGUGAGACCGGGACUGUGUGCGACAAUGGAAGCACAGGGAGGGAAGCAGUCGUCUUCGCCGUCGGGCAGCGAGGAGCUAGAGAGCGAUGCGGAUAGCAAACACGAAGAUCAGGCGGAUGAUACAAAGGACUCUGAGGAAGAAAAUGAAGAGAACGAUAAAGAAGACGUGGACGAUUCUGACUCCGAUGACAGCGAACCAACUGAAGAGGAGGGCUCGGAGAAUUCAAUAAAAUUUAGCGUUAACUGCAAGUCAGAAUUUGAUAAAGUUGAGAACUCUGAAGACAGGAAAAAAUUUAAGGAUUCUGAAGGCUCUAUGCAUGAAUCUGAGGGAUAUGGAAUGGACGCAGAAUGUUAUCCAAUGGCUGACCUGCCGCUUGAGGUGAUCACCACAGUGGAACCAACGAACUAUUCUUACCCAGUCUUGAAGAAUAUGUCAAAUGGAGUCUUGACACACAGAAACAUAUUCACAGAGCAUGAACGCUCUGUCCUCGUCAAUAUUAUUAACAAGUAUCGAAACAUAGUCGACACUAGAAGUCGUACUCGGGAAAUAUAUCUAGAGAAACAGAGUGUGUGGCAACAAAUUGUGGAAGAAUACAAUAGUACAGAGAACAUAAUGGUACGCACAGAGAAGGAACUGCGUAAGUGUUGGGAUAACAUGAAGUACCGUGCCAAGCAAGCAGAAAAGGAAAUGUUUAAGGUACUCGACCAAGCCUUUGAUGGAGUUCAAGUGAAGAAUGAGGCAUCGGAGUUUGAGGUUAAGAUGGAGCCGCCAGACUUUGAUGACCGACAUUCUCACACAGAUGAAGAUAGCAAUGAGCCAUCUGGUGGUGGUGUGGGUGAUGAUGAUAGGGAGCCUGCACUCAAGAGAGCUCGUCAGGAAUCACCUAAGCUUUCGAGUCUCCUGUUAGCAGCUGCAAACAAGCGCUCUCCAUCCAGGAAGGUCAAUGGAAACAAAAAUGGUGCAGUAAACAAGAAUAGCAGUAGUAGCUUCCCAUACAAUAUACCUACUUGCACAAAGGUUUUCAAUGUAAAAAAGAAAAAUCAUCCCUUCACCUCCACUUCAUCAAUGAAUGCUGCCUCUGCAUCAGAAAUUCCUAUAUUACCAAAGGGUUUGGCAUCUUGUCUGUCUAUAACCAACAUCCCAAACCCAAUCAGUGCCACUAAUCAUAUAGGAGGGAAUUUUGGAUCUCAUACUAGAGAUUCUGCAUCUCCAAGCAGUUCUCCAAUUCAAGCUUCAAUUAAACCAAUGCCCAGUUUAAAGAAAAUGGUACCUAAUAAACUUCAGUCAUCAAGCAUCAACAAAAGCUCUAAUAUGCGUGGAUCCAGAAAAGUCAGUGCUCUUUCUUCAAAACCUCGGAGUCACAAUUCUGUCUCGUCACAUAACUGUGUAAAUUCAGGCCAUAAUACAAACUUUGUAAAUAGUUCAGAUGCUGUCCAUUGUAUUGACAACAUAGCAUCAUCAUUUACUGAUAAUAACAGUGACAGAAAUGAAAUUGCUGAAAGAUUGCUCAAUACAAAGCUGGCAAAUCAGCGUUUAGAAUUAGAGCGCCGUGAGCAUGAAGUGAGAAUGAAGCUCCUUGAGAAAGAGCUUCAGGCUCAGACUUACCAGUCUCAGUAUUGGUACCUAAAAUUAAAACUACUAUGUAGUGGACGGGAAAAUGCUACUCUUAACUUGGGUGGUGCUACUAAUGGUGAUACUGAUUAA